AGAGUUGCACGAGUCUAGUUUGAUUAGUCGACAGCAGUUCGAAUGGAAUAGAGUAGAAUAGAGUUUUUUCCCUUUCCUUUCUAAUCAAACAAAAAAAGUGAUAAGAAACUCGAAAAAAUAAUCAGUGUAAUCGGAUUUUUCUGUUUUUUUGGAAAUACAAAAAAGAAGAAUAAAAAUCAGUGGACCUUGAGAGAGUGGCCGAUGACGAGAUUACGUGUAAUUUGCCUUAUUGGCUUUAACCUUCUAGUCCUUGCUGACCUUUCUCAAGGUCGAAGCGACUAUGGGAAAUUUUUCGAAAAGUGUACAAUCGAGAAGAAUCCGUUCGAUUGCUUUAAGAGAAGGGCCCUUGAGGUCCUUGACUCAGCGAUCAAGGACGAUACUGUUUACGUGAUCAAUGAUUAUAUCUCGAUAGCAAAAGAUUCAAAUGUAAAGGGUAGUAGUAGCAGUAGUAGCACUAGUAUUAAUAGUAAUAGUAAUCCAAGUAGUGACGAGGGUACGGAUAAUAAUACAACCGAAAGGAGUAUUGAUCAGGAGCUUGAUCAGAAAUUCCAUGAUUAUCUUUCGUCGAGAAGUGUACGACUCACGAUUCCUGGCAAUACCUUCGAAGGGCGUGGGAAAAAGAAGGGGAAGGGAUAUGGAGCUGCCUUGAUGAUGGGAGGACUUGCUAUGGCAGGUGUACUGGCACAGUUGGCAUUCGGGAAAAUUGCAUUCCUCGCUGGUACUGCAUUAUUAACCGCUAAAAUUGCUCUCGUAUUAAGCGCCAUCAUUGGACUGAAGAAACUUGUCUCGAGCGGUGGUGGUGGACACGAAGUCAUUUAUGCCACAGCUUCCGAACAUCACGGAGGUGGUGGAGGUGGCGGUGGUGGUUACGGUGGAGGCGGCGGAUGGCAACGCGCCCUUGAAGCAAUAACACACUCUUGAAAUUAUUUCUAGAUAAAUUUCAACUACUUUUCCUUCAAACUUCUAGUUUAUUUAAAUUGAUGCAAUUAACCGCCAUUUUUUCAAGAAAUGUGAAUAAUAUUUGUCUUCACUAUUAUUGUUCAUGUUAACUUGCCUUCAAAGACUCUCAUCUUUAAAUUAUAAGUAAAAAUGUACAACCAAAAUUAUUUAUUUAUUUAUUUAUUUAUUUAGUAAUAAACAGUAGACGAAUUGGAUUUACGGUAGUUUAGAUUUUUAAUCGUUAGCUAUUUAUAUUAGACAAUUUUUUUUACUUGUUAUAUAUGUUUAUAAUUUCCGAACAAUAUCUUUUCG